AUGUCUUCCAACGUCGGACUUUCAACGCCUCGUGGUAGUGGCACAUCAGGCUAUGUUCAGCGCAACCUCGCCUUCGUUAAGCCAAGAGAUCGCAGCAAACCGUAUCCAACACAUUCCGAAACCCCGAAACAUCGUCAGCGCCAACCUGAUCUUGAAAUUCUUGAGCACAAUAGAAAACGUGAGAUUGAAGUCAAAGUUUUCGAACUCCGUGACAAGUUAGAGCUUGAAGAACUUGACGAAGAAGAGAUAGAAACCCAGACAGAAGCACUGCGAUGCAAACUCCUAAAAGAUAGUGAGAGGACCCGUGACGCCAGAAAUGGUAAGGGAUUGAAAAUACACGAUGUGCAUGGUCUUGCCGAGGCCAAAAUAAAGCAAGAUAAUCGUUUCCGGAGUGCUCUGGGGAUUAGUAGGGAUUACGAAGAGGGCAGCCACUGGAAGAGGCAAGAAGAACGGGUUCGCCUCGCUGCAGAGAAAAAUAAAGCUGAGGACACGUCAAAGAGAUGA